AGAUUUCGCAAUUCGCCACUUUUGGGCGUAUUUGAAUGUGCGCCCGUUCGCUGUGCCGGGUUGGUGUGGUCUCAGUUAUCAUAUUUUGCCUCUGGUACUCACUAACUAACUACGGCUCAAUUAGGGAUAAGCAACACUGCGAUAAUCUUCCACCUAGCCUAUACGUCCAUCCGAUAUAUCCCAUAGAGUCAACGCCGGUGAUAAAACGCGAUCCGCGCCCGGCUUUUGCACCGCGUAUACGUCUGCUGCCACAUACGUUAUGCGAAUCCAACAUUUCCGUGGUGUUCGUAGUCCAUUCCGAUUUGAAAAACGUUGCUCAGCGUCAAUUCCAACGAAAACAACUCGAUGACGCUUGGCUGGAUCAGCUCUACGCCAAGCGCAUGUUCGUUGUGGGAAGCCCUCCAAUACCCGAGACUGGAAGCAAAUACGAAGAAGAGGCCAAUAAGUACGAUGAUCUCCUACAGGUGGAUACCAUUGAACACUACCAUAACAUUACUUACAAGGCCCAAGCAUGGAUUCAACUUCUAACAACAUGUCCGCAUCCUCCGAAAUUUAUCAUCAAGAUUGACGAUGAUGUUAUGAUAGAUAGGAUAGGAGUUCAAUAUUUAAUCAACAGGUACAGUAGCUCAAAGCGAGUUCUUGGCUGUCGAGUGCUAACUCAUGGAAGCGUGGUGAGAAAUCCCAAAUCAAAAUGGUACUUAUCUCACGAGGAGUAUAGUGGUAAUGAUCUCGGCACCUAUUGUCAAGGCAUGGCCUAUGUAUUUAGCGCCGAUCAACUGUUACAAAUGCGUGACAACAUAUCGCGGGUACAAUUUCUUUGGAUGGACGACUGGUAUGUCACCAGAGCACUCCUUUCCGGUUCAAAUACUACUCUACUAGACCUAAGCGACCAUUACUGUUCCACUAAUUCGGAAGAGGAACUGAAUACAGCGUUUGAGGCAAGAAAAAGACCUCAAAACGGCUCAUUUUUGCACAUUUCAGACCCGCAAACAGAUUCCCAAUCGAACGUUCAGUUCAAAUAUGGAAUGAACUCAUAUCUCUCAAUAACAUAUGUCUCUGAUGCAAUGCGGCAUCUGUGCUUCAUGCUCUUUCUGUACAUAACUGUUCACAUAAACGAUACGAAGAUGAAGCGAUGA